AUGCUUCUGAGCCCGUUUAAACCAUGCGAGGGUUCCCCAAUCUUCGAAGAGGAGUAUCGGGGCAACUACGUACCAAAGGUUAUCAAAACAGAAUUUGACUUCCAGGUUGUGGCGCCGGAUACUCCCUACGUGGCAGCGGCCGGUUCAGACAAGUUAUACUUCAUCGACACCCGGUUCGAUACUGAGACUGCAAAGCACAUAAAGGAACAAAUUGAGAAGGCAAGUAUACCGAGGCUGGAUGAGUACGUCGCCAUAGACGAGGUUUUGGCUACGGCGGAAUUGAAAAACCGUGUGACCGGCGAAACGACAUUCGUGUUUGACCCCGCCUAUGCCAGGGUGCUGUUUGCAAAGGGAAUGAACAGGCACAACCCGGAGCUCAAACUGCCUGAGCAUGAGCCCGCCGGCGAUUGGGAGGUGACCUACGACCUAGGCAAUGCACACACGAAGCGGGGCUAG